CUGUGCUCUUCCGGUUUUGGUUAAGAGAGCAAACAUCCUGGCGGUGUGCUUUCACCGCUUUAGUUCUGUGGUGUUUACCUCUGAAUAGCACACCCUUUUCUUGAUUUUACAGUCUCGCUCCACGAUGACCUGCGCUGCGUCAGACGGUGGCCUGAAACCGCUUCAGAAUGCCAUGAAACGGGCCAACAUCGCUAUACAGCUGGAGGCGGGGAACAGACACAAGGAGGCUUACUGUGAAUAUUUGAGGAGCAUCAAUUAUAUCUCGCACGCGCUGCUGGAGGAUGCCGUGUCCAAUCCAGACAGAGAAAUGGUACCGGUGGAAGUGGAGAGGAUGCUGAGACUGGCUGAGCAGUGCCUGGAGAGACUCAAGUCUUUUGUAGGAAAGAGGGGUGAUCUCCCCACCUCCGCCCCCGCCCAGGCCCCGACCCCGACCCCCACCUCCGCUGCCCCGCCCAUCUCCAGCGCAAUGAAAAAUGAGGUGUCACCCGUGGCCUUUGAGCUAGCUCCCCCCAGGCAGGCCCCCCGGCCAACUCACCGCAGGGUCCUGUCCGAGGGCGGGGGGGAGCUCUCCCCCUUCCUGCCCCCAGAGAUCUUCCAGAAACUGCAGGAGGCGGAGUCACAGGACAGCAAGAAGGAGCUCACUCCCAUUGAAGAGGCCUCUCGGUUGAAUCAGAAAUUGAAGGCGAACUAUGAGGCUCGUCUGGCACGACUCCAUCCAGGCCAGGCCACACAGAAGACCUCACUGACUCUCUCCCUGCAGAGACAGAUGAUGGAGAAUCUCAUUAUUGCCAAAGCCAGACAGGAUGCUCUCCACAGGAAGAUGGAGGAGAGGAGGCUCCGGCUGCAGGAGGAGGCCAACAGGAGGUUUGCUGGUUCAGAUAUGAUCACUCCAGAGGAGCAGGAACAGAGGCUUCUGUACGCCAAUGUACUGGAAUAUGAUCAGGACCAUGACUGGCCAAAGCUCUGGAAAGCAAAUCUGAAGAAGAACCCCAAUGACAGUGCUUUGGUCUCAGGCCUGAUUUCUUACCUGCUGAGCUGCUCAGAGCACCCGGUGAUGAAGCUCCUGAAGAGGCUGCAGUACCGGGUGUAUAACCGCCUCUACCCCAUAGUGAGCAAGCGCUCCGCCCCCAGCCCCACGCAGCCAAUGAAGUCGUCGCGCAGCGCGCAGAACCUGCGCUCCGAGCAGCUCCCGGCCCCGCGCGGCCUCGCCCACAGCGUCUCGGACGCCUCCCUCUCCGUCUCCCUCUCCGUCUCCCGCGACCUCAACGCCAACGAGGAGGACUCCACCCGCGCCCAGACCACGCCCCCCGCCCCGGACAGGGAGAACUCCUUCGAGGACCUGGAGCAGUACCUGUCCCAGCUGGACUGGAGCUCCGCCCCUGACUCCGCCCACAGUCAGCCAGGGGUGGAGGUGGAGACCUACAUCACCCGCUUGGAGGAGAGCGCUCUGAAAGAUCACCUGAGAGCCAUCGUCAAGGACAUCCACAAUGCCAUCGAUCGCCUGCUGUCUCUGUGUUUGCUAUCCUUUGAGUGUUUGAACACAGCAGCCGGCAAGGACCAGUGUGUGGCCUGCUUGGAGGAGGCCUUCUUCUGCCCGAUUUGGCGCCCCCUGCUGGCGCUGUUUAGACAGGUCUACAGAGAGAGGGAGCUGUCCUUCGGGGCCAGCAUGAGGCUGUACAGGAACGCCACCCCCGCCGACGUCGGUGUCGCGCCCAAACUGUUCCCCGAGGACCCGGCCCUGCUCCCCGGUUCCUACCCCUACGAGUCGGCGGUGCAGGAGCUGCAGCACCUCUGCAGAGAGUUCUGCCCCCAGCGCAAACUGGAGUGCAUCGUGCGGACAUUGAGGCUCAUCUGUGUGUGUGCUGAAGAUUACCGCGGCAUGCAGGACCCAGAUGUUCCGCCCAGCACGGCAGCGAUAGGGGCCGAUGACUUGCUGCCCAUCCUGUCGUUUGUAGCUCUUCGUACUGAACUUCCGCAGCUGGUGUCUGAGUGUGCUGCCCUGGAAGAGUUCAUUCAUGAGGGGUGGGUAUCUGACACUGCCUCCGCCCAAAACACCACUUACCGUGGCCCCGCCCUCUGUGUGCGGUCUCACCUCUUUCUCUAUGUAUGGCUCCGCCCCCUUUCUCUGUGUGUGGCCCCGCCUUCUCUGUGUGUCAGCCCCCCCCAUGUACUCUUGUGUGCUCGCACUUUCAUGUGA